AUGCGUGGUGGUGGAAUUACUAGGCUUAACCAUCAUAUCACACAAGUCAAAGGGAAUGUUUCAUCAUGUAUAAAAGCAACAGUUGAAACUAUAAAUGAAAUUAGACAAAAUGACAGUAUAAAGAAGUUAAAGAAAGAUCACAGGGAUAACGUUGAUGCUAUGUAUCGUCGCACACAUUUUGAUGAGAAGUCUGAUGCUGAUAUUGAUGAUGAGGACCAUGAGGUACAAGAAGUUGAAAAGGAUAUUAAUGUGGGCAGUAGUAGUCAAGUAGUUGUUCAGAGUCAGAGUAAAAGAAAAUUCAAGAGCCAAAGUAGUUCUAGGGGUCCAAUGGAUUUACUCAUGCAGACAGACCACCAGAAAACUCAGCAAGCCACUCUUGACAGAAACAGUUCAGCUAAAGAGAAGUUAAAGAAAGAUGCAUGGAAAAGCAUUUCAGCUUGGAUGACUGAGAACUCUAUAUCUUUUAAUACUGUUCGAUGUCCAAGUUUCCAACAAAUGAUCUAUGCAAUUGGUGAAUAUGGUAAAGCUAUGCCCGCGCCAUCUUACCAUCAGAUUCACACAAAUCUUUUAAAGGACCAGUUAGCAGAAACAAAGAAGUUUGUUGAUACAUUUAGGAUAAAUUGGAAGAGGUAUGGAUGUUCUAUUAUGUCCGAUGGUUGGACAGAUGGGAAAAAGCGACAUCUUAUUAACUUUUUGGUGAAUUGUCCGAAAGGGUCAGUUUUCUUGAAGUCUGUAGAUGCGUCAAACAUAACCAAUGAUGCUGAUUUCAUACGUGAGAUUGUAAAGGAGGUAAUUGAAGAUGUCGGGAAAGAAAAUGUGGUUCAAUUCAUUACUGACAAUGGUUCAAAUUUUAAAAAGGUUGGGAAAGAUUUAAUGAUUGAAUACCCGAAUCUAUUUUGGACUCCUUGUGGUGCUCAUUGUGUCCAGUUGAUGCUAGAAGAACUUGGUGACAAGCUUAUGCGAAUCAAGACAUCCGUCAUUCUAGGUAAAAGACUUGUUACUUACAUUUAUGCUCAUUUUCAAGUAUUGUGCUUGAUGAGGGAGUUGACACGUGCAGACUUACAUAGGUGGGCAAAAACUAGAUUUUCAAAAGAAACUUCUGGAAUUAAUGCACUUAAAAUUGUUACAAGUAGCACAUUUUGGGAAGAUGUUGAUUAUGCUUGUAGUGUGUUGAAGCCUUUAGUUAAGGUUGUAAGGUUGGUGGACAUCGAGCGCAAACCUACAAUGCCUUCUUUUUAUGAUGCAAUGAGGAUAGCAAGGAAUCAACUAGAGGAGAAAUUCAGUGAAGAUAAUGAUACGUGGGGUGUAAUUAAGGCUUGCUUUGAGAAAAGAUGGAAGAAUAACUUUAAUCAUGCUCUACAUUGUGCGGCAUACUAUUUGAAUCCUUACAUAUUCUACACUAUUGAAGCUUAUGAAAUGGAUAGUGAUCCAAAGUACAUAGAAAUCAAAAGAGGACUUCAUACAGCAAUUGAAAGGCUUAUACCCAAUGAAGAUGAACUUGAUGCUGCUACGGGUGAAUUGAGAAAGUAUGCUGAUGCUGUUGGGAUCUUGGGAACUCCGCCUUGCAAAAGAAGAAGAAAUAAGGAUCAACCUCAUAAGCUUAUAGAUUUUAUAACUACUUUGUUUAUAUUUAUAAUAGAUGAAUGGUGGAUUACAUUUGGAGGAAUCGAUGCACCAAACCUACAAAAAUUUGUAAUCAGAGUAUUGAGUCUUACUUGUUCUGCUUCCCCAUUUGCACUCGAAAAACGAAAUCGCAUAACGCAACAGAAAUUGAAUGAUAGUGUUUUUAUCCAGUAUAAUAAGAAAUUGCAGCGUCGUUACCUAGAAAUCCAACAAUAUAAUGAUAAUGAUAAUGAUAAAGCUAAUGAUCCUAUUUUUCUGGAGGAGCGUGAUGAAAAUGAUGAAUGGUUGGAGUUACGAAAUUUGAAUGACUUGGAGGUUCAUGGUGAUUAUGUAACUUUUGAUGAUUUACAAGAGAUAGUUAGUGAAGAACGUGGGACUGUUGGUAGUAAAGGUGCCAGUAGUUCUCGAAGUAAGUCUACGUAUCCAACUAACUCGGAGUAUGAUGGAUAUGAUACUGAUGACUUGAUGUUGGACACUCAAAAUGGGCUACUCGGUGGUGUCGGGAAUGAUGGAGUUACUUUAGAUGAUGAUAUCUAUGAUGAAUCAAAUUAUAUUGAUUAG